AUGGUGCAGAAAAUAAUCAAAGCAAAGAGACACAUAGAAGAAGCAGGAAUCAGCAUGGAUGAAAUAAAUGAAUGGAACUAUUUUUCCAUAAAGAAGUGGUAUAAUAGAAUCCGAGGGCAAUAUCAAAAUGUAACAUGGAGGAGACUAACAUGCAACAAUCUAGGAGCUCCAAAGUGGAUGUUUAUACUGAAUUUAGCUAUACAAAACAGGCUACUCACAAGAAGCAGACUACACGCAUGGGGGAUUACAGAUGAAAAAAGUUGUCCUAUAUGCAAUGAAGCAGAAGAGUCUAUUGAGCAUCUAAUGUUUAAAUGUCGAACUACUGGAGAAAUCUGGAGCAAAAUACUACGUUGGCAAGGAAUAAGCAGAGCCCCAAUGGAAUGGCAAAGGGAGAUACAAUGGGCUGAAAACAAUGCAACUGGAAGCAAUGCAGCAGCUCAAGUUUACAGAUUGGCUCUAGCAUGUGCAGUGUAUCACAUAUGGAAUGAAAGAAACAACAGAAUAUUCCAAGAUCACCAGAAAACAGUAGAGAUGAUAGUGAGGCAAAUUGUAAUAGAGGUAGCAAUCAGAGGAUCGAUGAAUAGAAAGAUAGGAAAGAAAAUAGAAGAAAUAGAUACUUACUGUAAAGGAGGAUAG